AUGGCCCUCGUUGCACCUCUUCCUGGAGCGUAUGCUGUCGUAACGCUAGACCCCAUCACCACCCUCAGGUUAGUCGGCGUCUGCGACGAUCCGAUCGCAGAGGAAGAGCGCAGACAAAUGGUGUGUGGAAAGUACAUUGCGUGUAUCACCAAGCCCCGCAACGACUUCGACAUGUUAUUCUCCCAUUGCGCCUUCGAUAUUGACUUUGUCGUACAAGGUCUUCUUCCGGACGACCCAGCCACGUUUUAUCAUCACUCUAUGUCUGUCCCCAUUGCCCCCAACACCUUUCACCCCACAGGGCGUCGCUCGACGAAGGCGCUUCCGCCACUUCCCUGGAACGAUUGUUAUCACACGUUCCCCUUCCAUCUCGAGGGCCGGUGCGCUAUCACUAGGUCCAAGGAUACCCCUCAGAGCUGCCUUUCGACCGACGAGGCGUCUAUAUUAUGUGGCUUCAUGAGGACUGAUGACGACCACGUGUUCGACCAGGAGGAAGCGCGCAAGAACGGCACCCCCGUCUCCGUUUCGCCGAUCCCCGAGGUCUACUCCGACGUGCAGAUGAUGAUCAAGUUUGCCGAUGAACUCCCUCCGACUACGACACCUUGGUGGCACGAGAUCAUCAAGGUGACGGCCCUUCAAGACGAGCACUUGGACCCCCUCGCCGACGCCCCUCAGGGUACACGGGUGACAGAACAGGUGGAGUUCAGUCCACCUUCCGAAGAGCUUUCCCCGUUCCUUCGGUUUACGUACGACUUGUCGAGCUUUGAGAGUCCACCGCAUCCGUCGGGCUUUCUCGAGGAGCUCAAAGAGCUCAGAGGGAUCUAUCAGCGUCAUCUCGACCGGCGCCACAACGAGGUCAUUGACCAUAUCGAGCAAGCCAAGGCAAUCGACGAGACCCAUAUGGCGGAGCUCAAGGCGAAGGGUCUUCGUGUCGAAGGCCAGCAGAAGCCGCGUGGGCCCCGUCGUCUCACUCGGCAUUACGUCGACCUUGUUGCGUGUUUGCGCUCGUCAUCAGCACUCUGA